AUGGCUCCCCAGGUGAUUGAUCUCAUCUCGUCCAGUCCGUCCUUGCCUGCCAGAGAAGCAUCGCCAUUGGCAUCAUCGCCCAUUGCCAUCGACAGUCCACCGCAGAACAAGCAUGGAAGGUCUCGGUCACGCUCACCGAACCUGUUUGUAACCUCCGACUUGGACAUUACCGACGACGAAUUUGGCCGCCGCGAUGCCAGAACCGCCAAGAGGCUGCGGAUAUCUGAAACCGAAUCACUGCCUGCCAGUGUUUCUCGGGCACCACAACCUCCCUUUCUCAGCGCCACAUCGAACAGGCCAAGCCGAGUAGAAUUCGAUCCAAUCGAGUUUACGAGCUCCCUCGAACUGGACACCCCCAAAAUCCAACACCACGCUGGCGCAGCCUCUAAUGCCUUGCGUCUUGAUCAGACACAUCAGGCACCUCCAAACACAGGCUUGAGCUCCGAUCCUUUUGCAAGCUCUCCUCCUCCUCCUCCUCCUCCUCUUGCUGCUGCUGAGCCGAAGUCAAGGCCGAGCCAACGUUCGACUACAGACGUCACCGACCCUUUCGCAAGCUCGCCACUUCCUCCUCAUAACCCCCUAGCCGCCACUCCGCCAGUCGUACGGGUAGCACGUGCAGCAAGAGAGCGGCCGGAGUCAGCGCAUCCGUUACCAAGUGAUGUUGGGUCGCCUGACCCUUUUGCCAGCUCCCCAGAUGCCAACGUCCCUCAACCUGCCAAAGUUUCCACCUCUCGCAGAGCAGUGUCUGUAGAGGUGGCUGACCAACCCUGGGGGCGGAGGCACUGGGAUCCGAUAUCAAGUUCAGCCCCAGAGCAGACCCCACGAAUCUCUCCUGCGAAGAGAUCUCUUGCCGAACCGCGGGAUGCCGGGCCGGUCGUUAUCAGCAUCGACUCGGACUCUGCAGGCACAUCGGACGACGAGUUCCCUGACAUUGCCAACCUCGGCGCGUCCAGUUUCAGACCGCGUCCCCGCUCCCCCAUUCGACGCUCUCGGAGCGAUGUCAUAUCCUCAAGAAGUAGCAGGCCUAGGGCGGCUACGAGUGCGGCUACAGCAAAAACCGCAGAACAACGAGCUCGUGAUAAGGAGGCCCAGACAGCAGCCAAAGCCGCAGAAAAGGAACGAAAGCGGCUGGAGAAGGAACAGCUGAAAGAGGCCAAAGCCCUGGAAAAAGAGCGCGCUACUGCAUUGGCAGAGGUGAACAAGGUCCGGACAGAUAAGAAAGUGUCGACUCCGGAAAUGAUUCUCAACAUGCCGUCAGGCAUAGCGGAAGGGCUCAAAGUACAGCUAGAGACUCUGCUGGACGGGCUAACCGUAGAACACACUACCUGGAACAGCCCUGUUGCCAACGCUUUCAAGUGGCAGAGGAAGGUUCGGAGUCGGUUUGACGAAGAGAUGGGCCACUGGGAGCCUGUCCCGCUGCGCGUCAUGCCGGAGAAGCACGUUCUGAUAUUGAUGACGGCAGAUGAGUUUGUGGGCAUGGCUGUCGAUGACACGGUAGACUCCACUGUGUCCCAAGCAAAGAGACACUUCCCUGGCCACGAACUCAUCUACCUUCUCGAGGGUAUGAACCUCUGGGUGAGAAAGAACCGCAAUAUCCGGAACCGCAGAUUCACAUCCGGCGUGCGCGCGCAAGAUCAACCGCCUCCCGAAGCAAUGGCGGCAUCAUCAUCAUCGACGACAACGACGACGGCGACCACGGCACCAGCUGUACCUCGCAGGCGCCGUAGGAACGCCGCUGCCGAGGAGUACAUUGCCGAAGACAUUGUCGAAGACGCAAUGCUGCACCUGCAAAUCGAGCACGACGUUCUCAUCCACCACACGGCCGUGCCGCUAGAAUCAGCCCAAUGGAUCGUUGCCUUUACGCAACAUAUAUCGACUAUUCCAUACAAGAAGAUGCGCGACAAGAUGACUUCUGCGGCGGGUUUCUGCAUGGAGAGCGGGCAGGUCCGCACGGGCGACGACGCCCGCGACACGUACGUCCGGAUGCUGCAGGAGAUUGCGCGCGUUACGGCUCCGAUUGCGUACGGGAUCGUGUCGGAGUUUGACUCGGUGAGCAAGCUUGUUACGGGCCUUGAGCAAGGAGGGCCGUUGGCGUUGGAGAGCGUGCGCAAGAGCCUGAAUAAAGAUGGCGUGGCGUCGGAGAGGACGGUUGGACAGGCUGAUAAAUGUAGGGAUAGGAUAGAUGUCACCUCAGAGGUUCGAGAUUCGAGAUGA